AUGAAGAAAGUUUAGGUUCAAAGUCUGAGUUGAAAAUUCGCAAGUGUUAAAAACUUUUAAAAUAUAAUUAAAUAUUUGAUUAGUGUAACAAAGAAAAUGUCGAACAGUAAAAUGUUUAAUGCACUCAAAAUUCUUAAACAACGAAGCAACUUCAAAAUAUACAAUGGCCAUUAUAGCAGAACCUUUGCUGCGGCUGCUGCUUCUCAAUCUCACACUAAAUGUAAAAUUGUUAAUGGAGUAUACGUAAUCACAUUAGAUACUCCAAAUGCGAAGGUCAACUCACUCAACACUGCAGUUAUGGAUGAAGUAUCAAAUAUCUUAAAUGAAGUGGAAUCUAAUCCGGCAAUAGAGGCAGCAGUGUUAAUAUCUGGAAAGCCCGGCUGUUUCAUAGCAGGCGCUGACAUUAGUAUGAUUGAAAGUUGUAAAACUAAAGAGGAACUUGUAAAACUAGCAAAAACCGGACAUGCAAUUUUCAAAAGAAUGGAAUCCUCUAGAAAACCAUUUGUGGCAGCGAUACAGGGUAGUUGCCUUGGCGGAGGAUUAGAAACAGCUCUUGCCUGUCACUAUCGCAUAGCUGUAAAGGAUUCGAAAACAGGAUUUGGUCUACCUGAAGUAAUGUUAGGUUUACUUCCUGGUGGUGGUGGUACUCAAAGAUUACCAAAGUUGACUUCAAUCCCAACUACAUUAGAUAUGGCACUAACAGGAAAAACUGUUAAAGCUGAUAAAGCAAAAAAGUUAGGAAUUGUUGAUCUACUAGUUUCUCCAUUAGGACCAGGACUCGGGACACCUGUAGAAAAUACACAAAAAUAUUUAGAAAAUGUAGCCGUCCAGAUUGCCAAAGAUAUUGCAUCGGGUAAAAUAAAGACUGAAAAGAAGAAAGGUUUGAUGGAAACAGUAACGGGUACUGUAAUGGGGUGGGAUUUUGUGAAGAAUAUUGUAUUUAACAAAGCUACAGAGCAGGUUAUGAAAGCAUCUCGUGGCUUGUAUCCUGCCCCUUUAAAGAUUCUUGAAGUAGUAAGAGUUGGAGUAGACAAGGGGCCUGUAGAAGGUUACGAAGCUGAGGCCCAAGGUUUUGGUGAACUAGCCAUGACACCUCAGAGCAAGGGCUUAAUUAGUCUAUUCAGAGGUCAGACCGAAUGCAAGAAAAAUAGGUUUGGAAAGCCACAAGUAGAUGUUAAAACGAUUGGUGUGCUUGGUGCCGGUUUGAUGGGUGCUGGUAUAGUGCAGGUAUCUAUUGACAAAGGAUACAGUGUUGUUAUGAAGGAUGCUACUAAAGAAGGCUUGUACAGAGGAAUGGGGCAAAUACAAAAUGGCCUUGUCAAUAGCGUGAAAAGGAAACGGAUUUCUUCUUUACAGAAGGACAAGUAUUUAUCAAACUUGCUGCCAACAUUAGACUACGCAAAGUUCAAGACUGCAGACUGUGUCAUUGAGGCGGUGUUUGAAGAUAUCAACAUAAAACACAAAGUUAUCAAGGAGAUUGAGGCUGUGGUGCCACAUCAUUGUGUUGUAGCGACCAACACAAGCGCUAUCCCUAUAACUAAGAUUGCAGCGGGCAGUAGUCGGCCUGAAAAAGUUAUCGGCAUGCACUAUUUCUCACCCGUGGACAAAAUGCAACUGCUGGAGAUAAUUCGUCACCCCACUACCAGUGACGACACCGCGGCCGCCGCUGUUGCCAUCGGUCUCAAGCAGGGCAAGGUGGUCAUCACAGUGGGUGAUGGACCUGGUUUCUACACCACCAGAAUACUCUCCACCAUGCUGAGUGAAGCCAUCAGGUUGUUACAAGAAGGAGUAGAUCCCAAGGAUCUGGACAAGAUGACAAAGGAAUUCGGUUUUCCUGUGGGUGCAGCCACUCUGGCUGAUGAAGUGGGAAUAGAUGUAGGGGCCCAUAUCGCAGUUGACCUGGCUAAAGCGUUUGGCGAACGAAUUAGUGGAGGAGACCUGAACAUUAUGCAAGAUCUUGUCAAGUCCGGGUUUAUGGGAAGGAAAUCUGGCAAAGGCUUCUAUGUUUACGAGAAGGGCACAAAGAACAAGGAUGUGAACCAAGAUGCUGUGCAAAUGCUGAAAGAUAAAUAUUCACUGGAGCCAAAGGGUUCAACGAAUGUGGAGGACCAACAAUUGAGAAUGGUUUCCAGAUUUGUAAAUGAAGCAGUUCUAUCACUGGAGGAAAAGAUAUUGCACAGCCCUCUCGAAGGUGACAUUGGCGCUGUCUUUGGACUUGGAUUCCCACCUUUCACCGGGGGACCGUUCAGAUGGGUGGACCAAUAUGGUGCUGAUAAAUUAGUUAAAAAAAUGGAGGAGUAUCAGGGAUUAUAUGGAGCACCAUUCAAACCUGCACAAACACUUGUCGACAUGGCAAAAGAUAGUAGCAACAAGUUCUAUAAGCAUUAAUAUUGGUUAGAAGACUAUUUCUUCAUGAAAGUUCUAUUUAUAUAUUACAGAAAGUGUCACAAUAAUUUUGAAGUUUUAUAUGAUGCAAGUAAUUAAUUCGGAUUUAAUGAAACUUGUUAUGUAGUUGGAAAUUUGUAUGAUCGAAUGUUGAUGAAUAUUAAGAAUAAGUUUAAGGUUUAGAUUGAUAUAUUUUUUAAAUAUUUAUAUUCUACUGUACCAGUAAGUUAUGUGCGUCUAUAUCUAUUUAUUUGAAUCCAAGUGGCAAAUGUAGACGUUUCGACAGAUAUUAUGUAAAAAUAAAUCAUUAUAUUGUU